CUCAAUAUCCCAAUUGACACCACCACAGUCGUCACCAUGUUCACACAAACUCUCCGAGCUUCGCGUUCCUCGAUCGCCCGUGUCGCGAGACAACAAGCUUCCGUCGUGUCAAGACGCACCUUCAUCACUCCUACGGCAGUUCGUCAAGCGGAUCUCGUCCAAGACCUCUAUCUCAAGGAGCUGAAAAACUACAAAGCCCCAGCCGUCAAAGCCAACGAUUCCGAAGGUCACGUCCAAAAAUUCAGUGCACCAAAGCCACCCAAGUCUCCCGAAGAGGCCGACAUCGCGAACGAGUUGAAGGCUUACGAAGCUUCGACUGUUGACAUUGAGGGACAAGCGGAAGGGGGUGCUGUUGCGCAGGAUGCUGAUUGGUUUGAGGAUGAGCCAGAGGAGGAGGCUGCUCAUCACUAGAUGCAGAGUUGGGGAUGCAUGGUUGAGGGCAUAAAAUGGAGGAUGCGAAGACAGGAUGAUCUUGUGUGUAUAGCAUAACUUAGAGAGAAUGGGAGCUUGUACAGUGAAAGACUUGGAUCAGCACUCCUGCUUUCUCGAGAGUGCAUAUCCACAGGUCAAAAGGUUCGAAAAGUCAGACCCGUUUGCUGGAUACAUUUCGGUCUCGAUUGGCCAAUACUUGGAGGCGGCUAGAAGUACAUGCAUUGAGAAGCUUGUCUUUCUGCUCUCAGUGGGGCAACUGCCACUUUGAGUUCUCAGAGUGUUACAAGUACAUCAGUACCACAUUGUCUGUCCUAAAUUUGCG